CAGUCAAUCAUUGACAGAACUGUAGCUUUAUUUACCCUGAAUCUCUUAGAGGAGGAAGUGAGGUUCUGUUUAGCCUUCAGAAGCAACAUUAAGGACUUUCAUCAAGCCAUUAAUAUUAUUCUUGGUUGACGGGACGGCGGUGGUUUGUUUGCCAGGUUUCUUGGAGACAGGGAGGGGAAAAGCGUGCUCAAACUGAAUGAAGACACACUGGAAACUCCUCCACCUUUAAUGCACAUCUUCAGGUCAUUCGUUCACAGCCUAUAGAAGAGCGCCCUUCGUCUUCAUCAUCAUCUUCAUUUUCUGAGGACUAGAGAUGUGCCCACUGAGCUGAAUGGAAGUCGUACUGGAGGGAGACUGAGGCCUGGAGGUGGCGUAUCAUGCCAUACCUGGUCCACACUGCCCAUGCCCAGUUUGUGGGGUUGUGGGUGGGUGUGAUUGGCUGGAUUCUCACCAUAGUGGCCAUCGGGUUAGUACAGUGGAGGAUAUGGGAUGUGUCUGACGUUUCCAUUAUCAACUCAGGCCAGGCCUGGGUGGGAAUCUGGAGGAUGUGCUUCUACACACACUCCCUGGUCAUGUCCGAGUACGAGAUCAUGUACUGCCAGAAGAUCCGCAUUUCUGAUGCUUUUGUGCCUAACGAGAUUGCGGUUGCUCAACCCAUGAUGCUGCUGGCCAUCAUUUUGGGCCUUUUUGGUAAUUCCAGUGCCAUCUAUGGUCUGAGGAACAUCUACUUCAGCUUGGAUGAGCAGAAGCCAAUCAGGCUGGCUUUUUCCAUAAGUGGAGGACUCUUAAUUCUCGCAGGAGUGAGCUCUUUCAUUCCUCUCUUCUGGAAUUUACACUCUGUGGUCACCAACCAGACUAUCAACUUCCCAACCAACUUCUACAUGCCGCCGGCCCCUGUUGAGCAGUACAUCGGGCCAGGCAUUGCCCUUGGUAUUUUUGCAUCCAUCCUGGUGGUGGUGAGUGGGGCAGCAUUUCUGUCCUACAAGUUUCCAGAAGGUCUGAGGACCAAAGUCCAACCUUCUUCUCUGGAAGAGGCUCAUACUGGCCUGGGAGAAAUUGGGAUGAUGUCACUGAAAUCCACACCGAUGGGCAGCAGUUUAACUGUGGACUAUGGCGUGGAUAACCCAGCCUUUCAGACCUAAAGGAACGGCUAAACAUCUCAUCACAAACAUAUCACAAGUUCUCAUCACCAAAGACAUGGAUUAAUAGUUUAAAUCUCUGUUCUCACAUUGUUUCUGUUUUGAUUAUUUAUAAAACAACUCAAAAAACAUCAUUUCUCAAAUUUCACCAUUUUUUGAUUGUUGUGAAGUUUGUGUUUGUGUUGUGUUGUGUGUAUACGCUUAAAAAGGAUGGUCCUUUAAGAAGGGUUCUUUGAGCAAUGCCAUUUUUAAACCACCCAUAUACAAUAGACCUGUCACAAUAAUCAUGUUAUUGACAUAUAUAUUUAUAUAUAAACAAAACCUGGAUCAUUUUUGAAGACCUCAGUAUUGCCUAUUGUGUGUACCUAGCAAGAAGACUCUAAUAAUGUGAAUGAGCUGACAUGUUGACUUUGUUUAUAAUGAAGCUAUUUUAUUUUAUUUAUUUAUUUAUUUAUCAUGUAUUAUUUUUUUCAGUUAAAGGUAAAAAGAGUGUCAUUGCAUUAUUAUUGCACUAUGUUAUGUGAAUGGAUUUAAAUUUACAAUAAUAUCCAAAUCAUUAUAUAAUAAUAAUAAUAAUAAUAAUAAUAAUAAUAAUAAUAAUAAUAAUAAUAAUAAUAAUUAUAAUAUUGUUUAAAGAAUGUUGUUAUUGUGACAGGCCUAACAUAGAACCAGUUUUAUAAAAGAGCUGUAAGUGCGAAGGAACUUGUAAAGAACCUGGAAAACAAACAAAAAAUGUUUUUUAUGUAUCUUUUUUUACAAACAUUAUACUUCACACUCUUGUUUAAUUCAUCUUCAGUGAGCAGCACAAAUGUUUCCAGUUUAAAUUAACCCAGGGCAUUCAUUACCAUGCAAAAAUAGUAUAUAUUUAUAAUUUUUAAUCGCUAUUUAGUUGAAUUCUUAGUUGAAUUCUUGAAUCCUUUAUUACUCUUUUGAAACGAAAAGCAAAUCUUUUUUUUCUUUUCAAAUCUUGUAGCCUCUGAUGUUACAGCUAUGUAUAAUUCACUCAAACACUAUGCCUUUAACUUAAGUGACCUCCAUAUAUCUACAUCUAUAUGGUGUUUUAGUGUGUCUUUGCAUCGUAGGGGUAUAUACACGUUAGACAUGCACCUGUGUUGCCAAUUCACUGCCAAGAUAGCAAUGAACGUCUGCCUUUUGACGACUGUCUAGGUUGUAUUCCGUCAGUGGCACACCUUUGUUUUCUAUUACCAAGAUAGCAAUAUGCCAGGUAAUUUUGAGACCAUGGCCAUUGGUGUAGAUACAUUCACAAGUAUCUUUGCUAUUUAAACAAUGCAGUAAUAUUAUAAUUAACAUCAGUAAUAUUAAUAUUUGUGUUGCAAACACCUUAAAUUAAACACAUUCCAUUUCCAUUGUCUUUACACUAGUUGAGCCUAGCACUAAAAUGAUUAAAAUAUGUUUUUUUCAGUGGCAUUUCUUAAAGAACCCAUUGUAGCAGCUUUAUUUUUGACCCUGGUCAGUUCAUGUGACUUGUAUCUGGCUUGUAUACUGAUUUUAAUUAAGCCACAUGUAAAUAAUCAAGCUACAUUAAGUGAUCAGGAGUAAACAGGGUCUAACAGCAUGUGAUUGAGUUUUUUUUUAUCACAUACACACACACACAGACACACACAAUUACACAAUGUGUAAUAUUAAUAUUAAUACUAAUCAAUGUGCCAUUACUGUAUUAGUGGGAGGUUGAGCCAGACUGUUUACAGGGUGGUUAAGGUGUUAGAACGCGUGUGGUGCGUGUGGUCCUUGGGGGGCUGGACAGUAAUUGGGAAGGUACUCUCACCCAACUGCAAUGUCCCUAAUGAUUUGACAUGUAACACCCUUUGCUUUAAUUACCACUGUACAUUAUUUCCAGCCAACUCUCAGUUUAAGAAGCACUUAGUUUGACCGUGAAUGUUUGGACAUGUUUUUUAUUAAAACUUAAAUUAAAAGCUACAUUCUGAA